GCCGCCGCCGUCGCCGCGGUCCGGCUGCCUGGGCCUCGCGGCGCGGGGACCCCGGCGGCGUCGCAGUCCCGGCGCGCCCGCGAGCCAUGGCCCAUGCCGGCGAGGAGGCUCUGCCCGGGCCCGAGACAACGGUGCAGAUCCGCGUCGCCAUCCAGGAGGCCGAGGACGUGGAGGAGUUGGAGGACGAGGACGAGGGGCCGGAGACGCGGGCCGCCGGGGACCCGGCCCGGUACCUCAGCCCCGGCUGGGGCAGCGCCAGCGAGGAGGAGCCGAGCCGCGGGCACGGUGGUGCCACCACAAGUGGGGGCGAGAAUGAGCGUGAGGACCUGGAACAGGAGUGGAAGCCCCCGGACGAAGAGUUAAUCAAGAAACUGGUGGAUCAGAUCGAAUUCUACUUUUCUGAUGAAAACCUGGAGAAGGAUGCCUUCCUGCUAAAGCAUGUAAGGAGGAACAAGCUGGGGUAUGUGAGCGUCAAGCUACUCACGUCCUUCAAAAAGGUGAAACACCUUACACGGGACUGGAGAACCACAGCACAUGCUUUGAAGUAUUCAGUGACCCUUGAGUUGAAUGAGGAUCACCGGAAGGUGAGGAGGACCACCCCUGUCCCACUGUUCCCCAAUGAGAACCUCCCCAGCAAGAUGCUCCUAGUCUAUGACCUCUUCCUGUCCCCUAAGCUGUGGGCCCUGGCCACCCCGCAGAAGAAUGGAAGGGUGCAGGAGAAGGUGAUGGAACACCUGCUCAAGCUCUUUGGGACCUUUGGAGUCAUCUCGUCAGUGCGGAUCCUCAAGCCCGGGAGAGAGCUGCCCCCUGACAUACGGAGGAUCAGCAGCCGGUAUAGCCAGCUGGGGGCCCAAGAAUGUGCCAUUGUGGAGUUUGAGGAGGUGGAAGCAGCCAUCAAAGCCCAUGAGUUCAUGGUCACGGAGUAUCAGGGCAAAGAGAACAUGAAAGCUGUCCUGAUUGGUAUGAAGCCUCCCAAAAAGAAACCUCCCAAAGACAAGAACCACGACGAGGAGCCCACUGCAAGCAUCCACCCGAGCAAGUCCCUAAACAAGAGAGUUGAGGCGCUUCAGUACGUGGGUGAUGAGUCUUCAGCCAACAGCUCCUCGGACCCCGAGAGCAACCCCACAUCCCCUAUGGCUGGCCGGCGGCAUGUGGUCACCAACAAGCUCAGUCCUUCUGGCCACCAGAAUCUCUUUCUGAGCCCGAAUGCCUCUCCAUGCUCAAGUCCUUGGAGCAGCCCCCUGGCCCAGCGCAAAGGCGUGUCCAGGAAAUCCCCACUAGCUGAGGAAGGCAGACUGAACUCUAGCACCAGUCCUGAGAUCUUUCGCAAGUGCACGGAUUAUUCCUCUGACAGCAGCGUCACUCCCUCUGGCAGCCCCUGGGUUCGGAGGCGCCGCCAAGCCGAGAUGGAGUCCCAAGAGAAAAGCCCUGGUGCAAGUCCCCUGCUGUCCCGGAAGAUGCAGACUGCAGAUGGGUUACCUGUGGGGGUGGUGAGGUUGCCCAGAGGCCCUGACAACACCCGAGGAUUUCACGGUGGACACGAGAGGAGCAGGGCCUGUGUAUAAAUACCUUCUAUUUUUAAUACCAGCUCCAUUGAGAACCACUUUUAUUUUCAAAGUUCUGACAAAUACCUGGCAUGACAUAGAAUGGACUUCAGUCCCCUUUGAAAGGAUUUGUAUACAUGUAGACCUCUUAAUUUAUAUAUUUGCAACAUCUAUAUGUUGUCUGGUAUACCAUGGUUUUAAGACCAUCUUCUAGGUCAGCACACCCAUUCCUCCCAGCAUGGCCAUUAUUUUGUUGAUGCCCGAGAGCUCAGAGGAGUUCUUUGGUGCGAUGGCAAGCAGUUAAGCUGACAGCAUGGUGUCUUCUAAGACCAAAUGUAUGUUACCUGUCACGUGAAUAAAUAAAACACCCAACCAGGAGUGCUGGCUCCGAGGUCUGACAGUAGUCCUUGCCCAUCUGACAAGGCUGCAGGUGGGUGUCUUGAGGCUCUAAGGAUCUUAGCAGAGCUGCACUUCAUCUGUGUACCCCAGGGCAGCCCCGGGGCCCUCUUUGGGUCCCCUGGCAGCCUGAGAGGUCUCUCAUCACAGUGAAUUUCACCAAGCAAAGGCAGCUUGGUAUGUACUGAUGGUUCUCCAGAUAUGGUCCUAGACCAGCAGCAUUAACAUCACCUGGGAAUUUGUCAGAAAUGUACAUUCUUAGGCCCUACCCAGGCCUACUCAAGCAGAGACUUUGGGAGAGGGGCUUGGAAUCUGGUUUUUAACAAACCCUUGAUUCUGUGCAUGCUAGGGUGAGAACCACUGGUGUGGACAAAGGUUGUGGGACUCGAGGUCAGUCCAUUUGACUCAUGUCUCCCACUUACUGUUUUGUGACAUUGGGGACAUUACUAACCCCCCUGAGCCUCAUAGUAUCCCUGCAAAGUGCUCUGUCAUGAUGUCAGUGUCUGGAAAACAGUUGGCCCUCCAUGAAUGUUAGCUCCUUUACCUUCU